UGAAAUUUUAAGGUUAGGUUUAAUGUCAUUUUCAAUUUUUAUGCAAUAUUUACAUUAAUGUUACGUUUUAAUUAUUUAACUCUUUAAAAUAAAUAUAAAAAAUUACCAAAUAAUUUUUAAAAAAUUGAUAAAUAGAAAAUUAUAAAAUUUCAAAUUUUAUCACGUUCUAUAUGGUUUCUGAUUAUGCCAACUUCGAAGAGGUGGUAAACUGUCAAAAUAUACUUUUGACACGUAUUUGUUUUUUUUUUUUAAAAAAUAUCCUAUUAUUACAAAUAAAAACGUAAAUAAUUUAUGAUUAUGCAAUUUAAUUUCAAUAAAUGGAUAUCGAAGCAAGAGUAAUAAAAAGAUUUAAUGAAAAAUUGGGUUCAGAUUUAAAAAAUCUUGAAAAUCUUCAAACAUUUCAUGAGGAAUUAGAAUCUGAGAAAAAUGCUCUUGAAGAAUCAUUAUCAUUGGCAUCGAAAAAAAUACCAUUGUUGGUAGAGAAAACAAUAGGCGAAGUUAAUGAUAUCACUAGUAGCAUUUAUGAAUUAAAAAAUUCUUGUCAACUUUUACAAAAUGAAAUUCGUGAAUCAUUAAAUAAAGAUGAUAAAAUGGUUGAAUAUGAAUCACUACUUAACAAGAUUAAUGAAUUAGAAAAAACUUUAUUCUAUUUAAAUACCUUGCAAAGUGUUCAAGAAAUCAGUGGUCAAAUUGAAGUAUCAUUAUUUUUUGGAGUCGAUGAAGCUACGAUUGAACCAUACGCUCUUUUGACACAUAAAUAUCUCGAAUGGCAAUCAUCUUCUUGUAAACAACUUUCAAAUCAUAUACGAGACACUUUGCACUAUUGGCACAAUAACAUCAAAGACAAAUUGUCCAAAGAAUAUAGUGAGGUUUUAAAAACAAUAAAAUGGCCUUUUUGUGGAUCAAACUUAAGUGUUUCUAGCACUGUAUCAGCUGAAGGAAUGGCAAAAUUUAAAACUCUUACUGAAUAUUUGUUUCAUCUACAACUACCAGAAGAUUCUGAAAAGCCAACAGUUACAUCAGCAUUGCUAACAGAUUUUGCACCAAUUUCUUUGCCAAUUGUUUUCUUAGUACGACCACUGAGACAGAGAUUUAUAUUUCAUUUUACUGGCACAAAACAAACAAAUCGAAGAGAUAAACCAGAAUGGUUUUUUACUCAAAUUCUUACCUGGAUUAAAGAUCAUGCCGAUUGGGUGGCCAGAAACGUACAACCGAUUGCUCGAUCCGCUGGUUAUAAUCACAUCAAUGUAAAAGACGAAUUUAUGAGAGCUUUGGUACAGAUGGCUGUUGAAAAAUUACAUUCUGAACUUCCAGUUGUACAAUACGAUGAUUCUUUAUUUGCUCAUACUGUUGAUGAAGCUCUUGGUUUUGAGAGAGAAUUAAGAGAAUCUUUCUAUUAUUCCGAAUCACAGCCGGCUACUUUAUCUGUUCUCACACAAGCGCACAUUUUUGUAAAAUGGAUUAAUAUGGAAAAGAAAUAUGCAACUGAAAAAAUGGAUGCCAUACUGAGUUCAACAACAGCUUGGGAAAAAUUACCUGGACCCGAUGUUGAUAAUUUAAAAGUAACUGAAUGUGCAGAAGCUUUUCUAAAUCUUCUCACAACAAUUUCGGAUCGCUACAAUCAUCUUCCACAGCCUGGACAUAGAGCACAAUUUUUGGAAUUACAAUUGGAAUUGAUUGAUGAUUGGAGAGUGCGAUUAUUGCAGUUAUUGCAUGAAGAUUAUGCGGAUCCACUGGAAUCUCUAAUGCCACGAAUAUUAAAUUCCUUGAAUUACGUACAAACAGUUCUUUCCGAAUGGGGUGUCACUGUCCACUUUUUGAAACUUCAUUUCUAUAAAAAGCAACUUGAGGCUGUAGAAAUAGCAACAGACAUUGGUGAAAAUAUUUUUGAAGAUGUUACCGAGGAGCAUGGAACAGUAUUUGAUGAUGCUAUAGCUCUUCUUCAAAGACUGGAAAAGAAAUUGGUCACGGAGAUCAGUGAUUCCGUGGCUUUAGAUGUUAAAGCAAAGAGCAGACCUUACAGAACUGAUAAAUGGUUUGCAAUGCAAUCUGAGAAGGAAGUUCUUUCCCUUUCAGUCACACCAAGUGGAUGUCCAAUGUUUCAAGAAUUGGCUCUUCGCCUUUAUGCUCUUAAUGAAGCUCUGGCAUUACCUCUAUUUAAUCAAGCUUGGCGAAAUCUUGCAUCACAACUUGAUUUGUAUUUUUUCGAGCAAGUGGUUUUAGUUAACAAAUUCAAUUCUGGUGGAGCUUCACAAUUACAAUAUGAUAUUGUACGAAAUUUGUUUCCUUUAUUUGGACUCUAUACUAGCAAGCCCGAAUCAUAUUUUCCACGAAUGCGGGAAGCCUGCUCAUUAUUAAACAUGCUUUUGGGAUCAGCUUUAUUGCUCAUCGAUGCUCUAAAAAAUGGAACAGAAAACGAAACAAAAGAAAUACUUGCUGACGUUGGAAUUUUUAAAUUAUCUUCAGAAAUUGUAAUAUGUGUUUUAAAAUCAAGAAUGGAUAUAAAUAUACGAUGAUUUUUUUUUUAACGAACUGAAAAGGUUUUUGGUAAAUUUUAUACAUUCUUUGUUUGUUUAAUAAAUAAAAAUGUUUUUAUUACAAAAUA